AUGCGCUUCGGUCUGUUUACCGCGACAUUGUUGGCAACUGUAGCCGUCUCUGUCAAUGGCCAGCGAACUUGUGGUGCCAUCAAGAGCGACGAGGAAGUCGCCUUUGCCAACCAGCAUUUCGCUGAGCAUAGGCCCGAGUCGUUCACGGAUGCUCCCCUUACUCCAGCUACUAUUAAUGUACACUUCCACGUCGUCUCAGCGGGAUCCUCCCUAUCCGACGGGAACAUUCCGGAUUCGCAAAUCGCAGAACAGAUUGCAGUUCUUAACCACGACUUCGGAGAGACUGGGCUCUCCUUCGUGCUGGUGAACACCACCAGAACCGUCAACUCCGACUGGUUCCUCCGCGCGGCACCCUUUACCGUCCAACAAAACUCGAUGAAGAACACUCUUCGUGCCGGUGGGUCUGCUGACCUCAAUAUCUACUCAGUUGGCUUUGCCUCUGGCUCUGGAUCAGGUCUUUUGGGAUACGCAACUUUCCCAAUCGACUACGCUACGAGCCCAUGGGACGAUGGGGUUGUCAUCCUCUAUUCGUCUGUACCUGGCGGGACAACAGCACCAUACAACCUGGGCCAGACUGUGACACACGAAGUUGGUCACUGGGUAGGGCUGUGGCACACUUUCCAGGGUGGCUGCGGCGCACCAGGUGACGAAGUCGCCGACACUCCUCCUGAGCGCUCGCCUGCCUUUGGCUGCCCCGUUGGUCGCGAUACCUGCACCGGCGAUGGUGUCGACCCCAUUCACAACUACAUGGACUACUCGGACGAUGCGUGCAUGAGCGAGUUUACGCCUGGUCAAAUUACGCGUCUCCGAGCUCAAUUGGCCACAUACCGUGGAAUUCCCAUUUAA